CUCGUCUCGUGCUGGUGUGAGUUUCCUGUGCGUGUGUUCGUGUGGACUCCACACGUGUCCGCGGAUCUGUUGUGGAUUUAAGAUAAAUUUCACCGCAGUUCUUCGUCUUUAAGGAUCCGUCUGCGUCACUUUAUGUUCGCUGUUUGUCGUCGGAGCCGCUGAGUGAGCGUCACUGCGAUUAGAAAGCGGACAAAUGUGUUUUUGUGCUCGUUUGUGGCAGCUAAGCGUUAGCGAGCUAACGUUAGCCGCCGGAGAGAACAACAUGUUCAGACAUGUUUACUGAGAGAGAGAGAGAGAGAGAGAGAGACACACACACACACACACACACACACACACACACACGAGGGGACGGAGAGACAGCACGACAGUGUCACACAUGUAUUAUUAAAAUGGAUUCUAAGUUUCCAGAUCAGCUUUUUCCUUCGUUUUAUGAACGUGGACCUCCAGAUACAGCCCCGAAUCACUGCGCUGGAAACUGGGGAAGUUACGACAAACUCACGAUUCAGGACGACUCUGGUUCUCGCUCCAACUGGACGUUUACAUCCAGACAUCAGGUCAAAGGAGAGACGUGGCGUCACACCGAGCCUGUACCACUUCCUCUGCUGUCUCCUUUAAAUGAAUUCCUUUGGCCGACAAAGCCUCCCAAUCCACUGGACUUCAUGGAACACAUGCAGAAUUUCUUCCUGGAUCACAGACACGAUGCGUUCGGCUGCAUGAGCCAAAUUCUGGGCGAGAACUUCAACUUUAAACAAGGAACGAAAGAAAAACGUCACAAAGACUCCAUCAGCAUGUGGAGGGUGACGAGGUAUCUGGACGGGCUGUCGUUUAAAAAGUGUCGGCUGAGGGAUCGCUCCGUCACGCUGAACCGUUACAGUGCUCUGCUGGGAGAUGUGGUUCACUCCAUCCCUCCUCAGCUGUUGGGUUCUCUGCUGUAUGAGGAGCUGACGGAGCAGGGGGAACGCCUGCUGUUCUCUGAAGCGGCCACGGGUGGCGCUCUGGAGUUCAUCCCUUUCUCUCACAACGGCGACGGCUACCUCGUUUACCCCGGAAAUCAAGGACUGAACCGACUCAAAUUCCACAGGGUGGAGCUGCAGCGCCACAGAGGAAGCCACUCUGUUCUCAGGUCCAGCAGCAGCGACUCCUUCAGCUUCCACCUGAAAGGUCCCAUCAGACAGAUUAGCUCCGCCUCUCUGUUCAACAACAGCUGCGUCGCCGUGCGCUCAGAUUAUCUGUGUGGAGCGUGGCAGUUCAGCGGAGGAGGAGAACGACCUCGUCUGCUGCAGGCGGUCAACACCACAGAGGUCGCAACCUGCGUCACUGCCAGUCCUCAUGUUUUAGGUGAAGUUCUGGUGGCGAGUGAGAGUGGUGUGGUGAACCUGUGGACCGUGGGCAGAGGGAUGCAGAAGGUUCGGGGAGAAGACAGUAACCUGUACUUCAACGCCGAGUCGCCAUGGCGAUGGUGCGACUUCUCUGCACACCCGAGGGUGAUGGUGUACGCCGACAGGACGGGGGCGGAGCUAACGGACAUCAGGGUCAGUCCCGUCUCUGCUCUCUCUCUGUUUUCGAUCAGCAGGAGUUCAGACUGUCACAGAGGAGAGAGACUCAUCCUGUCCAGAUAUCUGCGAGACGUCCACUCCUUCCACCACCUCGUCACCACACAGUUCUCGUCAUACAUCGCGGACGAGCGUUUCCCCGGUGUCCCCGUGCUCAAGUGGGAUCACAUGAUGGAGUCCCCGCCUUUGUUCUGUCACGUCCUUCCUGGCUCCGCCUCCUCUGGAUCAGCAGUGGGCGGAGCUGGGACCACUAAAGUCGUGUUGGGCUCGCAGAGAUCGCAGGAGCUCGUCCUGCUGCAGUACUCGGGAGGCAGAGCUACAGCAUGCUCUAGUCGAGGUCCACCUCUGGCUCUGCUCAGACCCAGUACCAGCCUGAAACACCUUCCUGUCCAGAUCCCUCACCGUCUGGACGUCGCCACCCACAGGCUGAGCUCGUCUGCUGCAGGUCUGACUUGUGUUCAGAGGACAGGAGGAGAAGGUGGAGGUGUGGAGGACGAGUGCAUCUGUGUCCUCCAGCUCACUGAAGCUGGAGAUGUUUUCUACCAGAUCCUGGAGCCGCAGCAGCAGCAGAUCCACAUCCCAGACGUCGAACCACCGCCGUCGAAAACUGCUGCGUCAUCGUCACCGAGCUCUCAGCUGUUUGCGGAGAACGACGUCAUCGGAACAACGCAGAAGGAACGACAGACGUUCUCCGACUCUGACGAGUCAGAAGACGGAGAACAAAGACGCCGACGACUGAAGCAGCUGAAGCUGCAGGUCGUCGUCAACCAGUCUGAUGAAGAUGAUGAUGAUGAGGACGACGACGACGACGACUCGGGCGCGCGCGAGAAAGACGGGGAACCAAGUGACUCCACAGGGAAGGAAGCGCUCUGCAGCUCCAUGAGUGUCGUGAAUAUCAGUGAAGACGCGCUCGUCGCCUGGAAACACUGGCUCCAGAAACUGAUGAAGAAGAGUCGAGAGAAGAAGAAGAAGCCCCGCCCGCCAGGUUCACAGCUCUUCACGGCCGACACUGAAGGUUUUCUGCGUCUGCGCCGCCAAGAGACGCGAGAGGACAAGCACGUGCGGAGUCUGAGGCGAGAUCUGAGGACGUGCAUGUCCAAACGCUCGCUGCUGGCCUUCAGUGCGCCCACGUUACAACCGCUGCCCCACGCCGUGGACACGGACGCGUGGACAGAUCCGAUGAGUCGGCGUCUCACCAUCUCCUGGCAGGGGGAGGCGGCAUGGAGAGCGUGGUGGGAGGAGGAGCUUGGGCUCAACAGGGCGGAGAAGGAGAUGGCGCUGAGGAGGAAGAGGAUGAGGGAGAAGGAGAGGAAGAGAGCAGCCGGCAGACUGGAGCUUUCAGGAAGCUUCACCUCAUCCACCACCUACCAGGCGGAGCUCGACUCCUUCUCUGACUCAGCAGGAUGGACGUCCGGCAGCCAGUGGGCGUGGUCUGACACUGACGGGUUAGAGGACACCGUGGGGGGCGUCACUCCUGUUCCCACGACGACCGUCUCGCCACUGAAAACCGCCAAAGGUGAACGCGAGCCGCAGACGCCGAGCAGAUCCCACGACAUUUCCGUGUCGCAGACGCCGAACAGAUCCUGCGACGUUUCCGCGUCACAGACGCCGAGCAGAUCCCACGACAUUUCCGCGUCGCAGACGCCGAGCAGAUCCCACGACAUUUCCGCGUCGCAGACGCCGAGCAGAUCCCACGAUGUUUCCACGCCGCAGACGCCGAGCAGAUCCCACGACAUUUCCGCGUUGCAGACGCCAAACAGAUCCCGCGACGUUUCCGUGUCGCAGAUGAACGACACGCCGGCUGCUCGGAGGGCGAGCAAACGUUCAGCAGAGGGCGAUCACACAUCUGUGCUUGCAUCACAGAAGCUGAAGUCUGUGGCUGCAGCUCCACUCGUGACUCGUCUCAGCAGUAGACAGGGUUUCCAACCCUUGCUGUCCCAUCAUAACGUCGUAGAGGACGACAGCGGAGUGCGAUCACCACAGUCUGUCUCACAACAGUCCGUCCCUCAGAGGGAUCUCCGCGUGAAUCUGUCCUUGGACUCGGCCGUCUGGUCGGGAUUCUUCCAGUCUCGGCCUCUUUCCCAGAGUUCACGGGGUCGCGUGGGACUGUCCCAGUCGUCGCAGUCGUCGCAGUCUUCACAGGCAAAGAAGAAGAAACCUCGGAUGGGAUUUUGAUGAAUCGAUUUGGAAUGUUUUUUUUUGGCGUCUUCUUGGAUCUACAGUGGGAUUAAUCGGUGGAAAAAACAACCCCAGACUAUGUGGAUUAAACGGUGGAGAAAGCAAAGUGGAGGUAGACGUUUGUGGAUUCCUGAGGACGACCGGAGACAACUGGUUUGGUAAAUUUAUUCUCUUUGUUCUGAGUGAGUGUUUUUGUAUGUGUGACCUCUUCUGUUCAGGACCAUUCGUCCCCAUGGAGACCUGAACCUGGUCCUAGUGAGUGGAAGUGGUUGAGAUGUGUUGGGCUGCAACUGACCAUUAUUUUCAUCAGUGUUUGUCAAACCUGGAAAUGAAGAAGUUCUGAUUUUUUCAUCAAAUCUAUUAUCAUCAUAAUUCAGUUAUAGAUGAAUAAGUGAUUAUUGGUUUGUGUGAGUGUGUUUUUGUUCACUGUUUUCCAACGUUCACGUCAGCGUAAAAACUUUUGCUCCUCGGACAAGAACACGAAAUAGUUUCUCUGAAAUUUCGUGUCGAGUCUCACGUUUCCUUGUUCUUUGAUACAAAAAAUAGAGAAUAAAGUUUAUUUUUUAAAAGAAA